AUGAGCACAUUUUCCAUUUUAAAUGCUAGCAACAUGUCACAAGCUGACUCCUUUGAGGACAGCAGCAAUUGGACGGCGGUAACCCAGUUUACCCAGCCGGGCUGGCGAAUUGCUUUGUGGGCUAUCACCUAUUCAUUCAUUGUUAUCACAUCCAUCGUUGGCAACAUCACCAUCAUCUGGAUUAUUCUUGCACACAGGAGAAUGAGGACCGCUACCAAUUACUUUAUCGUUAAUUUGGCUCUUUCGGAUUUGCUGAUGUCCACUUUCAACACCAUCUUCAACUUCAUUUACGCCAGUCACAAUGUCUGGUACUUUGGUGAGGAAUUCUGCAGGUUUCAGAAUUGGUUUCCCAUCACCGCAAUGUUUGUGAGCAUCUAUUCCAUGACAGCCGUGGCUGCAGAGAGGUACGUGGCAAUAAUUCAUCCCUUCAAGCCCAGGCUCUCUGCGGGAAGCACCAGAGUCAUCAUAGGGAUAAUCUGGCUGGUGGCAUUUGGGCUUGCCUUCCCACAGUGCUUCUAUGCUGAGAUCAUGAUGGACAAUGGAACAACAAAAUGCAUCGUUGUCUGGCCUGAUGAUGUCGGCUCAAAGCACCAGCUCACGUAUCACAUUGCAGUGAUCGUGUUGAUUUAUUUACUGCCUUUACUGGUGAUGUUUGUUGCAUACAGCAUUAUAGGAAUUACUCUGUGGAGCAGUGCAGUUCCAGGCAACCACCUAAACAGAGCCCGCUACGAACACCAAGUUAAUGCCAAAAAAAAGUUUGUGAAGACCAUGGUGGUAGUUGUGAUCAUUUUUGCUGUCUGCUGGCUGCCCUAUCACAUAUACUUCAUCCUGGGAAGCUUCAAGGAAGACAUCUACCAGCAGAAAUACAUUCAACAGGUUUAUCUUGCAGUCUUUCUCCUUGCCAUGAGUUCAACAAUGUACAACCCCAUCAUAUACUGCUGUCUUAACCAAAGGUUUCGUUCUGGCUUCAAAUUAGCCUUCCGGUGGUGUCCAUGCAUAAAAGCAACUGAGAAAGACAAACUCAAACUCACAUCCCCAUCUCUUUACCAGACAACCCACAGGAAGUCAAGAACAACAAGUUUUGAUACAGAAACUCAGUUGAAUGAGAAGACAUCAUUUACCCCCACCCAGCUAACACUCUGA